CUAGCGUCUAAUGAUUUUAAUCGCGUAUUUAAGCACGUCUUACGUAAAUAAAAGACGAGCCACAGUCUGAUUUCUCAUUCGUAGAUUUCUCUUCCCUUCUCUAACGCAUCAAGUUCAUUCACCUAUGUGUGAUUUCAUUUUAAAUCUGCACAGAUUUAACAUCACUUUGACAUAUUUUCAAGGCCUGACCAAAUACAAAUGUGUUACGCGACAAACAAUAAAAAAAUUUUUAAUUAAUUUUUAUAUUAAUCCCUAUUUUUUAUUAAUUUUUACUGGUAUUUUUAAUGUUCAAAGAUCAAAUAUAUUAUAUCUUAUUUUAUAUUAAUAUAUUAUAUCUUAUUUUAUAUUAUAAUAUUAAUAUAUUCGAAUAAAAUUCCGAAAGUCCUCGGUGAUCGGAUCAACAUGAAAUUUUAAAAAAGUGCAAGGAAGAAAGGAAGAAUCCCAGAUAUAAAAUUUUAGCUUUGGUAAUUAUUAGUUCCUACGAUAUUAAUAAAACUCUCUCGGUAUGAUACAUUGAAUUCUACCUAUACAAACGUUGUUGAUACAAAUCAUUUUCGCUUCAUUAGAAUACUAUAGUUACACCAAUUAUGGUUGGCUAAUUGCCAACCAAUUGCCAAUUGGUGAUUAGAUCGUUGACGACUACUAGAUCCAAUAGAAUGCAUUCCAUAGAAUAUAAAAGUCGCGUCGGUCAGUAUUUUGAAGAAAAAACUCAGCGAUCGCUGAUCACCGCGAUAAAUGAGAUAUAUUGAAUUAAAUGCGAGCGUUCGUAAGGUGGCCAACUUUCUGGCAGACCAGACACCUAUUAAGAAAUUAUAAUGAAUUUUGAUCGUUGAGUUUGAUUAUCAAACUUGAUCGCCGGAUUUUGGUUUCUCGUUGAUCAAGUCGUCAGCAACUAGUCGACAAUGUGUGAAUCAUCAUCAGUUGUCACUAUAGUAGCCAUCGCUGUUAACUGUCAAAUAGUCGAGAAUGUAAUUAAUAGAGUUGCCAACUGUCGAGUCGCAAUAAUGGACACUACAAAAUAUAUUAAUUCCUUUUUUAUUAUUAUUGUAAAUUAUUGGAAUACAACUUUAGAAUUAAUAUUCAGGAAAACGAACAAUUUCUUAAAACUUCGAAAACAGUUUUAGUAAUUUAGGUAUAAUAUAUCGACUCAUUGAACACAAAAGAUGCAUUAUUAGAAUAAUCAUUAGAAUUCAAAAUUUAAAAAAUGUUAAUUCAAAAAUGUAGAAAAAUUUAAAAAAAUAUUUGAAACUUUUAUAUUUUAUAUUUUAAAACUAAAACUAAAAUAAACUAUUAAUUUUUAAAAUUAUGUUUUUUCUGAUUCGACAUAACACUAAAAAUUCUUUCACAAUAUGCUGAUAUUGCAGGAAUUGAAAGCACAUACGAAACUAUUUUAAAAAUAUUCAUACAUUUAUAAUCGGCACUUUUUAAAACCAUGUGCCAUUUCCUACUUGAUAUUUUGGAUCUUGUAAAAUGUUCAGAACUUUGAAUAGAGUCAAAGAGAUUUUUAAUUUCGAAAUAAAGGACAUUUGGCAUUUUUUCUAAACUCAAAAAAAAAAAACAAGGACAGGAAAGCCUGAUUAAAGGAUUAUCAUUCUCAAAAAAGGACGAUUGGCCUUAGUAAUUAAUGACGAUGUCAUUAUGUUGAAUAUUCAUCCCUUCGAAAUUCCGUUUUAUUAUUACCAUACUUAAUAAUUAUAAUUUAUUUACAUGUUCGCUUUCCGUUUUUGGAUUGUGAUUUAAAUUUUGUUUAUGAGAAAUUUAACAAGUAAUAACGAUUCUAUCAAAAAAUGUAAUUUCGAUAUAUAUUUCAAAAUACAUAGUAUUGUUUUUGAAUAUGUAUAUUUAAAAUAUAUAGUAUAAUUUUUAAAUAUAUUUUUAACAUUUUUACGAUUUUUAAAAAGAUAAAAUAGUAACAGAAGCUUCAAGAUAUUUUAAAAGAUAUUUUUAAGAUUUUUUAAAAGAUAAAAUAGUAACAGAAGUUUCAAGUGGAAAUAUCUUGUAUAUAUUUUGGCAAAAGUUGAAUAUAAAUUAAUUUUGUUAGCACGAAGAGAAACAAAAUUAAAAAAUGUAAGCAGAAAUUAAAUUAGUUAUUACUUUUAUUAAUUAUUCCCAUAUUUUCGCUUAAAUUUAAUAACUAAUUUAUAAAUUUGAGAAGUUCCGACAUCAGAGUGUUAGUUUUAGACAUUGGUGAUUUAAAUAAACAUAAAUCAGUACUUGAUAAUAUCAUUGCUAAAGUUGGUGAAGUAAAUAUAUAUUGAAUGCUUCCUUAUUAUGAUAAUGUAUUAUAACGCAUUUUAAUUAUAUUUUAAUUAAUUAUAAAUUGAUUAAUUAUAAUUUUAGUUGAGUAUAUUUGUAAAUAAUGCGGACGGGGGUGAUUUCAACGAGAAUUUUAAGAAAAUAUUGACAUAUCUGUUGACAAUGAAAUGUUUGAUAGAAAAAUAUUUUUUCAAGAGGAAUGCAGGUUAUUUUAUAAUUACUUCUAACAUUGUUGGUGUCAUAAUAUUCUCCUACGUAUUGCAAAUAAAUUUGUAUUAAAUGUAACAUAUUAAUUAUAAAUAUUAUUAUUAAUUUGUUCACAUAUGUAAAUAUCAAUAAAUGAAUAUUUGUUAUAUAAACAUAGGGUCAUAAAAUUUUUGUUUCAGAAAAAUCAAAAAAUCAAACGUAACAAUUAUAAUGGUAUGUUCAAAACCAAUAUAUACUAAUUUUUUAACAAAACUAUUCAUAAGCAAAAUAGCGAAAUAUAAUGUAAUUUAGUAAUAUCUAUAAUUCUUUUUUAUAUAUCUCUAUGAAGAAAAUGUGAAAAAAGAUACAAAAACUAAAAUGAACAUGUAGAACAUUAUGCUACACUGAAUUGCAAUAGCAAACAAAUUUUGUGAGGUAUCUCAUCCAAAUGUUGGAUUGUGGUAUGUUAUUUGGAUAUUUUAUAAAAUUAUACAUAUUUUACAAAAUUAUUUUAUAUUUUAGAAUAAACUUUAUGUUGCAAUUAGGAAAUAAUGAAACAACUAUUUAA